AUGUUCCUCACCAGCAACCGCAUCGGCGCCUUCGACCAAGCCUUCCAAUCCAGAAUCCACAUCACAAUCGGCAUGCCAGAAUUUGACGAACCCCUCCGCAAAGAAGUCUGGAAGAUCUUCAUCCAAGACCUCGGCCGCAAGCGCCGCGACGGCUCACCGGCUCUCCUCUCACGGGAAGAGUGCAAGGCGCUAGGCAGCGAACCCCUCAACGGCAGGCAAAUCCGCAACUGUGUCAGGAGCGCGUUGGCACUGGCGGAAGAUAAGGGGGUCAAGCCGGACGCGAGCCACUUCAACAAGGUCCUUAAGCUCGGGAAUGCGUUCACCCAGUACAUGACCAAAUUGCAAAAGGCAGAGGCUGAGGAGAUAGCUCAAAUCAAAGGUGACCGACUGGCAGCAAUGAAGGACAUCAUGGCGCGGGAUAAUGAUCUGUGA